AUUAGCACGUGAUCAGUGUCACUGCAACUGUCAGAUGUCAGUGUUGAUGUUUUGGUAAACAAAAGUGACUGCGUCACUGCGUAGCUUUUACAAAUUGUAAUGUUUUUGCGAUGAUAAUUUAACACAUAAGUAGAAUGGGUCUGAUAUUUGGUAAGAAAAAGCCUGCUUCACGAGUUACAGAACAAGAUAAAGCUGUUUUGCAACUCAAACAACAAAGGGAUAAAUUGAAACAGUACCAGAAAAGGAUUGAGCUAACUUUAAGCAAAGAUAAGGAAAUAGCUAAAAAACUACUUGACAAUGGCCAGAGGCAGAGAGCAAAGCUAUUACUAAAAAAGAAACGAUAUCAGGAACAACUUCUAGUCAAAACAGAUGCACAAUUAGAAAAUCUAGAAAAACUAACACAUGAUAUAGAAUUUGCUCAAGUUGAAUUACAAGUAGUUGAUGGACUUAAGAAAGGAAAUGAAGCUCUAAAGAAGGUCAACGAUGCUCUCAAUAUUGCAGAUAUUGAGAGGAUUUUGGAUGAAACUAAAGAAGGCAUUGACAAACAGAAUGAAAUUAAUGAACUUCUCUCUGGUCAACUAACUCAAGAAGAUGAAGAUGCUGUAGAAGAAGAAUUAACAAAUAUUUUGAAAGAACAGCUGCCUGAUGUUCCUAUUGAAGAACCAACAGGAGAUGUUGAUGCUGAAGAAGAGGAGAAAGUUCCUGCAAAAGAAAAAGGCAAAGGAAAAACAAAGGAAAAGGAACAAGAAGCUAUAAUGGCCUAAUUUAAGUGCUAAACUUAUCAACUGUGAAAUAUUUUUUUUUAUAAUCUGUGAAAGUAAUGAAAAAUAAUUUUUAAUAAUACCAAAGUACAUUUAUUCCAAUAAUUAUUUUAUGCACAUUUGUAAAUUUACAAAUGGUUAUUCCUAGAAAACAGACCCAAAAUAAAAUAGUGGUAAAAACAGCCUUGUACACUGGAACUAUAGCACAGGAAAUACUGUUGUUUUCAUAUUCUGUGCUCGUUAUCACACAGCAGUGUUUAUUAAAACAUAUUUACAAGAGUAAAAUCUCUCACCAAUGGGUUAACUGGGUAUAAGCCCCAAUAAAAACAAUAGAAAAUUUAUGGGAACUGAUGAAGAGAGGAGUGGCUGAAGGCAAGUCAUAAUAAGAAAGGCUCAAGUCUUAGAGAAAAUUGUCAAUGUGUGGACUCAUCACAGUCUUGCAUGGCUCUCAGGAUUCUAGCAGAUACCUACAAAUGUGGGCUUUACAAAAUAUUAUUUUAUACUGUAAAGAUCAAUGAUCUUUAAAAUUUAAUAAAUUCGUUUUCUUUUAUAAUUUUUUUUUAUUUAAAAUAAACAAUAAACAAAG